AAGCAACCAGACCAGGAAUGUCAGAGCACGUUGACGUCACACAAUAUUAGAUACAAAAUUUAAAAAUCGUGCUUAAAAUUUUAUUUUUUGAACUCCAAAUUUGAAAACCAUGUUCAUACCGAAAAUACAAGAUAUUGGAUACUUUGCGCUGCUGACAUCCCUGCACUUGGGCUCAAAUCUUCAGCCGGUCAUCGAGGCGAAUGCCAAUUUAAAAACGGUCUAUCCCUCCGUGGAUCGUAAUCUAACGCUCCAAUUGGGCUACAAAUACAAUCACUGGAUGCUGGUCAAGGCCAUAAUGUAUUCCCUACUAUCAAUGAUCGGAGUUUGGUACUGUCGACACUUGCAAAGUGGCAAAAGUGAGGUAUCGAUGGAAAGGAAAGGAAUCCUUAAAACUACGGCGGCAACAGCUGCCGAGCAAGUCAAAAACAAUUGGAUCAAAAAACAGAAUUCCGCAUUGAAAAAUGGACCCUUUCCGCGGAAUAUAUUCCUGCUAUUUGCCUUGCCCUGGAUAUUGACCUUUGUGGCUAGUGGAUUGAUCAACUAUAUUCAAUUUUAUAUGGUGAUUCAGCAUUUCUGCAUAUCUAACUGGAGGGCGAUUCAGCUAUAUGCAGAACUCCAAGGUCUUUUUUGGCAUCGUUCUACAUCAGUGGCUUUGAUACCCUAUUGGUCGCAAAUUAUCGGCGGAGGAGUAUCCUUGGAGAAGGCAUCACAUCUUUCCGGAAAUCGUAUUUCCAUUGAAACGCAUCUUUUGGACUGAACAUGGCAAUCUUGAUUUAAAAUUUUUAUUUUAUGUUCACUGCCAAAAUUAGAAAUAUUGAAAAUAAAUCGAUUUUGUUGACUAUUUAAAUGGUUUUUUAGAGAUUAUGAUUGUUUCCCCCGCGCAAGUCAGUAAACUUAAAUUAUUGUAGCAUAAUUUGAACAAUUAAAAUCGUGAUUGGUUUAUUGUUGAUUUUAAUUUCUCAACUAUGUAUAUUUUUAUUGUUCAUUUCUUCUGUUGUUUUGCCUGCGACAAUAAGCGACAUUUUCAAUCAACAGAAAGAAAACUUUUCUAUGAACUUUAUGCACCGCUUGGCAUUUUAUUGUUGGAAAAAACUUUUCCACCACGUGGGAAAUAUGCGGCAAUCACUUUUUCUUACUCACUUUUAUUCAGUGGAAACUCACGGUAAAAAAAUGUGAAAGGAGUAAAUAAAUAUACAAGUGCUUUUUUUUUUGCUUUAAAAAAUGUUUGUAUCCCUAUAUAAUUAUUUCAAGAGUUUUUCAUUUGACGGGGCAUUAUAUUCAGAAAACUCUUAAUAGUAGUACUCCUACAUUAUUGACCUUUUAAAUAUCUAUUUGCUUAUUAUAGAAAUCUCAACAUCACCGACAUGACACUCAACCGAUCGAAGUUCACGUAAAAACGAGAAUUCUCCGAGCACAUUUCAAAAUUAUACCCAAAUAAACAUUUUAUGUAAAUUGCUUUAGUGCCGAAAGUUAUUCGCGCUUUGGACACUCUAAGUAUUGAACUGAAUCAUAUCGACAGGAUCUGUGUAGGUCAGCAAACGAGGAAAAACGACACUGGCAAGGAUCGUUUCUUGAGUUCUCCAUUGGCAAACCACACAAUUCGGGUCAACUCUCGAUUCCCCAUUUCGGUCCACUGUUUCGACUUGCUGUUAUCAAAAAAAUUGUUCGGUUUGGUUUAGUCUUACCGAUUUUAGCAACGAAAGCACACAACGCAUUUCGUUCGUUCCUUUUUUAAAUAUACAUUUAUUUUACGUUCGCACAUGAAAUAUUUUUGAAACUUUUUUUUUUUGGACACUUGACAAAACUUUUGAACGUGGCAGGUCAAAAUUAUUAGAGACAGUUCGAGAGACCAACAUACAUUACACUUCGAGAGUUGCCGUAAAUUGUGAAAACACACAACAGUCGUCAAAA